AUGAUUAAUAAUGGUUCAAAAGGUGAUGAUAAUGCUGCUGAUGUUAAUCAAGCUGACGAUAAGGUACUCACUAGUCCGUUUCCCAGGGGCCCAUUAGAUCCAUCAGUACUAAAGAGCUUCGAGGCACAUAUUGCAGCAGCUAUAUGGGAGCAAAAGGAGAGGAAUCCCUUAAGGUGCUAUAAUCAUGCGUCCAAGAUUCUUGAGUGGCAGUGGUGGUCAAGAACUGACAAUAGAAGGUUUAGAGACAUUGUGCAGCAGUCAAGCCUAUUUUUUUUGGUCCAUUGCACAUAUCGUUUCGUCAAUAGGAUUGUCAUAUCUACAUUUGUUGAGCGAUGGCAACCAGAGACAAAUACUUUCCAUUUGACAGUUGGUGAGAUGACAAUGACAUUAGAUGAUGUGGGUACCAUCUUGGAGAUCCCUAUCACAGGUAGAUCAGUUAGUGCUGCAAGUUUGACAGAUCAACAGGCACAUGCACUUGUGGUAGCUGCCUUGGGAGUUGAUGAUGAUGAAGCAACUGAUGAGCUAUCAUCUGCUAGGGGUCAAUCAAUAAAGCUGGAGUGA